UCGAAUUCUAUCCUUAUCCCAUUCCUAUUCCUAUUCCCAUUCCCAUUCCUUUUCGCAAUUAUUAUUCAUAAAAUAGAAUCCUAUUUAUUUAAUUACCCCACAAAAUCCCAUGCAUUAAUCUUCCUUCUCCCUCUUUUCCUAGUAUAUAUAACCUCUCAUUAAAUCCCCUCCUCCAUUCAUCUGCUCAACUCUGUUUCUGGGUUUUUUUUUCUUUCUAAAUUUUCCCACAAACCAAUCAGAAUCUGAAGAAAUCCCCUCUCGUUUGUUUGCAUCUCAGAUCUUAUUCUCAUGGCAAUCGAGGAGGAGAAUGUGAAAUACGAAGAGGAAUUCGUGGAAAGCGCACGUGGGUUGAAGCUGUUCACGUGCAGUUGGAUUCCGGUGAAGGAAGAACCUAAAGCUCUGAUUUUUAUCUGCCAUGGCUACGCCAUGGAAUGUAGCAUCACCAUGAACAGUACUGCAAGGAGACUGGCAAAGGAGGGCUAUGGAAUCUAUGGAAUGGAUUAUGAAGGGCAUGGGAAGUCAUCUGGCCUGCAAGGCUUUGUUUCAAGCUUUGAUAAUGUGGUGGAAGAUUGCUCCACUUUUUUCACUUCCAUAACUGAAAAGAAGGAGAAUGGAAAGAAGAAGAGGUAUUUGUUGGGAGAGUCAAUGGGAGGAGCAGUGGCUCUGUUGAUACAUAGAAAACAGCCUGAUUAUUGGGAUGGUGCCAUCUUGGUUGCACCUAUGUGUAAGAUUGCUAAAGACAUGAGGCCAAAUCCAAUGAUGAUAAGUAUGUUGACAAAGCUUAGCAAACUAAUCCCUACUUGGAAACUUAUUCCAACAGAAGACAUUAUUGAUAUUGCCUUCAAAGUCCCUGAGGUUAGAAAACAGAUUAGGGAAAAUUCAUACUGCUACAAAGGCCGGCCUCGGUUGAAAACUGGCUAUGAACUCUUGCGGACAAGUUCAGAACUUGAACGUAAUCUCAAAGAGGUUUGUCUACCGUUCCUCGUUCUCCACGGCGAAGACGACCGAGUCACGGAUAAAUUGGUUAGCAAACAACUCUACGACGAAGCGUCGAGCGACGACAAGACGUUGAAGAUGUACCCGGGAAUGUGGCACGGUUUGUUGUACGGUGAGACGCCGGAGAACAUCGACAUUGUUUUUGCAGACAUCACCAGCUGGUUGGAGGAGAGGAGUGUUGCCAAUGGUGAUUCUAGGUCGGAACAUGAGAUUAAGAGGGAAAAUGAUGGUUUAUUGGAAGCCAAACAACAGCAAGAAAGUUCAGAUUAAUUAAAAACAUAUAUAUAUAUUCUCUUGUUAAUUAAUUACAUCCUUUUUCAUUGCCUUUUUUAGUUAUAUUAUGUUUUUUUCCUUUGGUUUAUUGUAAAAUAAAAUUAUGAUAUUAUUUAUUGUACUUGUAAAUAGGGGUGUAUACGGAUUGGUUUGGAGGCA